AUGAAUAUUAGUGUUGAGCAGUUGUACUUGGAAAAAGGCCAUACCAUGAUGGAAGUUGAUAGUGUCCAUUCAACAAUUGAACAGUACAUUAAACCCCCCAUUUAUGCACCGAGUGACUAUGUAGCUCGAAUGCAGCAAGCUCGACCAAGAAAUCCUUACGAUGUAAAGUCAAUCCACUACGACUUCUUUCUUAAUUAUGAAGAACUAGAAUCCAACUUCAAGUCUAUAAGACCAGGUAAGAAAAAAGGUGAUCCAGUUGUGGUCGAUAUACGAGGACUGAAAUACUUGUCAGAUGGGUCUGUCUUAUGUAAAUUGCGACAUCCUGACGAAUGGACCAUCCUACCACAGCGAAGAGCUAGUCGUGGAAGUUUACUACCACAGCAACUAUAUCAACAGCCCCUCAAAAUUACAGAAAGCAAAUACAAACAUUUGUAA